UUGAAGUAGCUAUUGUUGUUAAUAUUUGAACUGACAAAGGAAUAAAUUAGGAGGUGAAAACAGCAAACUGAAGUAGUUCAACUGCUCUGGCUUUGAUGAAUCAUAAUGCAUGCUAUCAACUUUUUUUUUUAUUUUUAUGAGGUGUACCUGUCUUCCUACUGCAUAAGUACAUCAUUAACUUUGCUCGCAUGUUUGGUGUUUAUAGAUGAGUCCCCCUUGCACUCAAAAGCUUUCUCUCACCCAAUCCCUGCUUUGGAGACUGUCAUAGAAAGUGACUUCAAUACUGGUAAAAUUCAGUUCAAUGUGACCGUACCAAGGCGCAAUCAGCGUUCUGCAAGUUUCUCAUAUGAUCUCAUUCCUAUUGAAGAAACUCCUUCGUCCCAAGGCCCCAAUCAAGAGUUACAUCACUUUGAGAAAAGUAAACAAAUUAUCUCUUUUGAUGAAGAAGAUCUAGUCCAUAUGAAACCUCUUUGCAUCACCUCUUUCAAUCCGCUGAUUCGUCCCUCUAGUGGUCUUAAUACUGUCUCGAGGGUCGAUGAUUCCGCAGACAUAGACAGCGAUUUUAACUCAGCCCCAACCAUGAAAACUCUUAUAGAAAGUGAUCAUGACACUGGCGAAGUAAAAUUCAAAAUGACUGUGCCAGUUUCAAAACACAUUAAAUGCUCCGUAGACUUCUCACGUCAAUUCAUUCCCACUAAAAAAACUUCCCUUCAAUACCCCAGUCGCAAAUUGCAUUGCACCAAUCAAAAUAAGCAAAUUCUAUCUCCAGAUCAAGAGUUCCUUACUCAUGUGAAACCUCUCUGUAUCACCUCACUUAAUCCUCCAAUUUAUAAUUCUAGUGCCAUCGAUUUGUGUGUUGAUGGCAACAUAGAUCUACCGUCAGACUGUUGCUCUAGUUCACCAUCUACAGUCAGUCAGGAUCAGAGUUCAUCAUACUCUGAAGUAAGCUGUAGUCCUGAAGUUCUUCCAACAGCCAAAAAACGGGUCUUGGAAAAUACCAAACGUAGACUACCCAGCUCAAGCUCAGCUCCAAGCUUGAAGAAGCGCAAAAACGAGCACACGGAUAGUGAAUUGCAAGCGGAAAACUCAAAUGAAAAAGUAGUGAAUUCGAAAAUUCAUAAAAAACACGCCACUAGCAUCCAAGCAAGUAUUUCAAAACUCAAUAAAAGCAUCCAGCAAUUACCAAACAUCAAAGAUUGUGAUUUCAAGCAGACAUUGCUUACUUUGGAGUCCAUUCAGAAAGACUUGUUAACUUUGAAAGGGAAAAACUUGUCCGUGUCUACAGAGACUCAUGAAGAGCUAUUGAAAUGCCUAGGCGCAUUCAUCAACACAGACGAAUCUCUGGUUGAUGAAAAGCGGAAGUUUGUGUCCAAAAAUAUUUACCGCGUAAUCAUGCUUUCUGCAGAGUCUGUCUUCACUAUUGUGAGCAGCUAUUCGCAAGAUUUGAGGAAUGACGACUUAACCAUCUCCCAAAUGGCUCUUUUUUUGUUUAUCAACUUUUUCAACUCCCUCCUCCCUGUGCUUCAAAAUGCUGGCAAAGCAGAUGAGACAUUAUCUGAAGCUAACUUCGACAAAGUUUUUGGCAAUCAUAGCUUCAAGAGGCUCCUCAACAAAUUCGAGGAAAUUGUGUCCGCAUCUAGCAAAGUUCCUGAACUAUUCUCUGGGUCUGAUGAUGCUUUUGUGAAAUUAGCAUCCGUUUGUAUCUCAGCAUUAUUUACCCCCAACCUAUUAAAUUUUCAGCACUCGAGUCUAAAAUUAAUGACCUCUUUUUACGCUACCUAUGAAGGAAAACGGCCGUUAAUACUGGACCAGAUCAUUUCAACUAUUGCACUGCUGAAUCGAGAUGUGAAUUUCACUCAACGCACUUUUAAAGUUAGCCACAGUGACAGUCAAGUUCAGUUCAUAACUGCAGCUCUAUUAUCCUUCGUCAAUGCCACUGCAAGUUUCCUCAGACACACCGCAAGUCCCAAACUAAUCAAGAAAUGCUUUUCUAUAAAAUUAAAUGAAGCUCAGAAACUAUGGCAUGAAUUUUUCAACAAAAUGAUUUGCAAUUCUGUGUCAAACUCCAACUUCAGAACCGUUCUGGAGAACUUAAUCUUGGAUCUGUUCAAAAUCCGAUACGAGCCAGAAUGGCCUGCAAGCAACUCAAUAUUCCGCUUUUUACACAAGCUAAUUGCUUUUCAUCUUACCAAUACUAGUAACAAGAACAUUCAGAAUGUAUGUUUUGACUACUUGGCACUAUUAUUGCCCGUAUUUAGGGAAGACUUUGUGAUGAGAGCCUCUAUUCAAAACAAGUUAUCGCAAAUUUUUACUCAAGAUUCGCAAUCCAACGCGAGCGCUGACUUAACGAGCAUGGUGUAUAGUAAUUCUGUAUGUUGCUUGAAGUUAGUUGUUCAAUCAUUAGCUGGUUCCAAAAAUGUGUCCUCCCUUGAAGGCCUUACUGAAUUUUAUUGUAUGAUUUUAAUUGAAGAAAUUAUCGCAAACAUAGAUAAAUUGAAAGGUAAAAUCUCAAAACUUAAGAGUAUUGAAGGGCUACUUGAUGAAUCGCUGUCGUUUGUCUAUGCAAUCACUAACCACCUGCCAGAAAAUAAAUCCUCUUGCAUUGUUUCAAAACCAAUUUUAUCAAAUCCAAAAGAUGAGCAAAUCUUCAAAACAAUCGCUCGUUACUUGAAUUCUUCAAACCCACUUGUUACCUAUUCAGACAAAUUGCUAAAACUCGUCAUCAAUCGUGUGGUAUCUGCAAAUCCACAGAUGCAACUCAAAGCGAUUAAAUGUAUGUUUUCCGUUGUGGAAGCGGAUCCGAACCUAUUGUUUUAUAGUUACAUUGAAAUAUCCAUGAAAAGAUCUCUGACAGACCCAUCCUGUUCGCUGCGAGAAAAGGCUGUUCAAUUCUUAGGCAAACAAAUUUUCAUAAACAAGCAAAUUUUCGAGAAAUAUUUUCCAUGCAUUUUAGAGCGUGUCCAAGAUGUUCGUUUGACUGUACGAAAAGCAACUCUAUCAAUCAUUUUCAAAUUAUUUUUUGAGGAUCCUCAGUAUCCUGGACUGUCAAAUUUACUCGUCACGAUCCUUAAACGACUUGAUGAUGAUCCCACAAUAGUGAAAGCCAUCAUAGAUUUUUUCAAGCAGAAAUGGAUCGUUCCACUGAACAAGAAGAAUGAAAGUUCUACCCUCCCUACAGUAUUAGAUAUUCUAUCUACGUUGCAGCUGUCUAGACAGGCAGAUACCACACAUAAAUUUCCUGAGAUUUUUAAAUCAUUACUCAACACUUCAGACUGUGAAACCAAAGAUGCAAGCUGCAAAGCUGCAAAGAGAAUUACCAAAUGCAUUUUAAAUCAAAUUCUAAAGGAUAGUGCAUCAAAUGUUGACAUGUCAGUCAAUUGUUACCAGAUGCUGCUUAUCUUUGUAUCUGCAAAAUCAGAAAUGGCUGCGGAUCUGACGCCUACACUGUAUCCACAUCUGUGUUCCAAACUUACAAUGGAUGAGAGACCUGAUAUACUGCAUUAUGUCUUGUCAAUUUUUGAACACUUGAUGCUCUACCGUGUAUCAUUCUUCAAAAAUGUCGAAAAAAAAUCAUUUCUAAUUAAGCAGUUUGUAAUUUUAAUUAACAGUGGAAAGUGCAAAAAUGUGCUGAACAGCAUCUCCUGUCUUUCUUUGAUUUCAAAAAUCAACAAUGAUUUUUCUUCAGCCCAAAAAAUUUUUUCAUACUGCCAGAAUCUCCUGACGAAUCUAUGUAUAGACUCUUGCGAUAAGAUUGACAAGCUUUGUGAAAGUGAAGCACUCCGCUUCAAUAGAAUUCUCAUUAAGCUCAGUGCUUUGAUUAGAUAUUUUGAUCUUCCAAAGAUAUUAGACAAGGAAUGCACCCCAGCAAAUAUGAAAAAAAUUGUAAAUAUCUUCAUUUGCCUUCUAACAGUUGAAAAUUCUAAUGUUCGAGCCAUUGUAAUAAAAUCAAUUGCAUUAAUUAGCGGCCGCUAUCAAAAUUUACUUCUGAAGGAAGAAGUCGUCAAACAUUUUUGUUCAUUUUUAGAAUCACCAAAUCUCUCGAAUCAAAUGAAGGUUCGCGUACUAUUAGCAUUAAGUUUGCACUUCCAGGAAGACAACCGUAGGGCUAAAAGUUUGAACGAUAAUUGGUUGAAAAUUUCAAAGGAAGAAAACUUGAAAGAGAUGAAGGAUGUAUCUGCUGGAACGUCAAGUGUCAUUGCAAAUCGUUAUUUACCGAGUAUUCUCAGCUGUUUCCUGGUCAAGGACCUUCAUUUGAGAUACACAGCUGUCAAGACUCUGAAAGUCAUUGUUGAUUUUAAACUGAUUCAUCCAGCCAAUUUCAUGUCCUACUCAAUCUGCAUGAUAGCAGAUCCUGAACCCUCAAUUUCAAGAAAAGCCUUGGAUAUGGUGGUCAAUAUUCAAAGCUGUGGCCUUAGUCUCCUCCGACCAUUUUACUCAAAAGGAGUUUUACAAUCGCAUAAAUUGUUGGAAAUAACCUCUACAGAUAAGGUAGUCCGUGGCUUUGCCCCCGAACAGCCCACCGCAAGAUUCUCCAAACUAUUUGAAGUACUAUCCAAAGACACAAGUGUUUUUGUCUCUAACUUGGUCAGCCAAUUCACAAAUCAUGAUGAACUCAAUCUGAAAUUACUGUUAUACAUUGCUGACAAUUUAGCACAUUUUCCUUACAAAGAAAUUCCUGAUGUUUUAUUCGUGCUGUCAAAAAUAAGUUCAAUUUUAUCCAACGACGCGGUUCCUUAUUUUGAAAAGAUCAAAGAAGUUUUAGCCGAGUAUAAAAAAAGAAGGCGAGGAAAAGCGAAUGUAGUCAACAAGAAAAACAAAAGUGAAGAAAUCCUUCCGCUUCCUCCAAAUCAACUUCUUUGUCUAUGUGAGACAGGUUUUGUGUUUAUAUUGUUGUUACAGUUGUGGCAUUUUUUAAAGUCCAGUUACAGCGUCAGUGACAAGCUCGUUUUGUCCUACCUGUGUGAAGGUGCUUCAAAAAUGAAAAAGCUGGCGAUUAGGAAGUCACAAAAGGAAUUAUUUAAUCCUGAAUCGUUGAUAGUUUUCUUGCAAUCAGACCAUGCCCCUUCCUUGGCAAGCAAAGAGAACCCUGUUGAUGUGCAUUUUAUUGAAACUUUAAAAGUUUUAGCCUCUGAAUUUGAAGAGCUGUCUUUCGAUUUUGUUCCAAAGGAUGUUGAAGAUUAAUUUUUCCACUAAAUUUUUUAAGUCUUGAAUCCCUUCUGUCUCCAUUCAGUCAGAAUUAUUACUUAAUAAUUUUAGCCGUACAUCAUUUUAAUCAUUAACAAUUUCAAUCCUAAUUUUUUCAAAUGAUCAAUUAUUGUAAUCUUACAUCAUUUUUAGCGAAAUCAUAUUGAAGCAAACAUUUUUUUUCAUUUUUUCCUGCUAAGUGAACUCUGCAUUUGUGAACUAAACGGAAGCAAAUUUUCUUGAAGGAAAAAACGGUUUUCUUGAUCAAUUUGUUACGCCAAGUAAAACGAACCAAUUUUUCUGCUUCUGCAGGAAAGAGUGUAUCUACAUACUAAUGUUAGAUAAAUUUCCUUUUACUGCAAUUUUUUUUCAGAGUAAAUUGUAAUGCAUUGCUCAAGUAUAUUUAAAGAAAAUAGGUAAUUUAAGGAGAUAAGGACUCAUUUAUUAUAAAAAAAAUUAAUGCAAAUUUGAAAUGAAUCAAUACUUUGGUUUCCCGUCUGAGAAACUAACCUCAGACGUUAAUCAUGGAACAACACAAUGCGUCUUUGCACUUUUAUGGAGAAGUUGAAUUCUUUUUCCUGGAAGUAUAAAUUUUUAUUAUCAUCACCUGUCACGUUCUGUUCCUCAAAAAUUUUCCUUUUAUACCCUGAGUUCCCUUGUAAUAACCAUCCCAAAUUAUUUUUAAUCUCAAGUUGCUUUUAAUCAUCAGGGUUUUUAAUCCUAAACCAUUUUUAAUCAUUAUCACAAUUCUGAUAUUUUGAAUAAGUAAAGAAUUGUGUACUCCUUUUUAUAAAAUCAUCUAACUCCUUUGUUUGUGAAUCUUAUUUUUUUAGAUAAUUUUUAUUGCGAAAGAGUAAUCUCCCCAAUUAAUCUGUUUUAACAAGAUAUCAAUUAAAUUUUUGAUUCCUACAGGAACGGAUAAGCCUACAUUCUAAUUUUAUGAAAUUUCCCUUUUGCUGAAGUUUUUACUUUCUCUGUUUGAAAGUGAAUUGUGAACAAUUGCUCAACUAUUUUUUCAGAAUCAAUUUCUUAUAUAAAUUCUAUCAAUAUCAAAUUCUUCUGUACUAUCAUAUUCUUAAUUUCUAUUUAAAUUAUUAUAUUCUAUUUCUCUCUGUGAUUAAGUUAAUACAUUAGUAAGUGCAUUAGUAUCCCUCUAAGGAUAUAUACUUAAAUAAUAGAAAAUGAAACAUCCCAAUGUAUCUUUUUUUUAGUAUUUAUUUUUUCCCUCAUUUUUUUGGUAACGAUAAACUCUUUUCAGUAAAAUAAAGAUCGUUCGACCUUCAGAAUGAGCCAUGUUUUCAAAAUGUGAGGUCAUCCCUUCCUCUGUGCAUGUGUUUGCUAUAUCUUUUUUACAUCUAUGAUGGGACUUUCUUUAUGGCAUAGCGCAGUAAACUUUUUAUCUCGCUUGGUAGCUUGAUUAUUUUCACUUCGCAGGUGCAGAUUACUUCUCAUUCAAAAAUCAAAAACUAAGAUUUGUUCUUUGACAGUCAUAAAAAGAAACUAAAACUCAUUUCAUUUUAUUUGGUAUGUAUGGUCCAAGCAGCGUUAGUUUCCUGCUGCCUACUUUCUUUCCUCUUGGGUUGGAUCUCUAGGGAUUCAUUAGGUUUCUAACAGAAUCUCUUCACUUUAAGAAGCAGGAAUUCUAAUUCAAACAUUUUAAACCACAUAAGUAAUUUAAAAGAGGGUUGCCACAGUCGGGGAAAACCGGGAGAUAUCAGGGAA